GAUGACUCGCCUCGCAGCAUGAUGAGCAACAUGAGCAGGCCAGACGACAUAGAGCAUUUGGUGGUGUAUGACCCGCCCACUAUGAGGGCAUUGUUGGUGAACAUCAGCGACCCCGCGAAGGUUGCUGUUCUUCCGCAGGCCACUGACUUCUUCGUUGCCAGACAUCGUCUGAGUGGCCGCGAGUAUGUCACGUCCGCUGUCAUUCAGUACAUGCACUACGUUGCCGAGAUCUUCGCGCGCGAGGAGGACGCACGAGCCCAACAGGAAGAGGAGGCUGCGAAGCAGCGUGCGCUUGAGGAAGAGGCGAAGCAGCGCCAAGCUCAGGAGAGACAGCGCGAAGAGAAGGAGAGACAAAUGGCAGCCUUGGCGAAGAAGAAGCAGGAGGAAGAAGAGCGUCUUGAGCAGCUUCGCCGGGAGGCGGCGGAAGCUGGGCAGAAGGCGGAAGCGGACCGCAAAGAACGUGAGGAGGCACGCGUCAAUGAGAAGGCCUUGCAGCUUGCUCAAAGGAUGAGGCACGAGGAGCGCCUGAAAGAGGCGAAGGAGGAGGAGGAGCGCCUGAAAGCGCAGGCCGCCCACGAGGAGCUGUUGCGACAGAGGCCGAGCGCUUGGAGAAGGAGCGGCAGGAGCAAGAGGAGAAGGCCCGCCGAGCGGAGUGCCAGGGAGGAGCAGAUGCGCGCUGCCGCCGCUGCCAUUGAAGAGAGCAGCCUCCAGACGGCCCAACUUGAGGAGCUUGAGCGCAUGGAGCGUGCGCCUGAGACGGAAGGCAUGACGCCAGGAAAGGAGCUGCUGGGCAAGUUCGAGGGUGUGGCGCCUCGCAACCUGAAGGCAAGAGCGAACUGA